AUGAGCUCUCAGGAACUGAACGGGCCACUGUUGGCGGCCACUUCACCCCCGAAGGUUCUGUUCGACCAAGACCAGUGCAUUCAGAGCACCAAAUUCGUUUUGCAGGCCGCAGCCAUGCCCCUGCUGCAGAGCGAGCCCAGCCUCACCAGCAACGAGCUGCACCUGCCUGGGAAGCCGGGCCUGGGCACGCCCUGUGCCAGCCUGACACUGGGCCAGCCCACGCCGCCCUCCUCCCUGCCCAACCUCACCACCGAGGCCACACUCACUGACAUAAUGCCCCUGAAGGACGAGCACGUGGGCCACCAGUUCCUGACCCCGGAUGAGGCGCCCUCACCCCCCAGGCUGCUGGCAGCAGGCAGCCCCCUGGCCCACAGCCGCACCAUGCACAUCCUGGGCCUGGCCAGCCAGGACACCCUGCACGAGGACUCAGUGCGAGGCCUGGUGAAGCUCAGCUCCGUGUGACAUGCCGGCCAGGCCCUGGGGGACUGCCCAGGUCUUCCACGGAGGUGGUGGGUGUGUCCCACAGCGACCUUCUCCCGACUGAAUAACAUGGUGAAGGUGACCACUCAGGUCUGGGUGCAGAGACCAGUUGGAGAGUGAGUGGAGCCCCAUCUGAUGCCAGGGGGCCGGCAGGACCCAGUUGCUGAGAGCUUGGAUUUCUUUGAAUUUUCCUCCCCACCCUGAGCAUUUUGACAGAGAUGAAAUAGAGAAGUGGCUGUUUCCAGGCAUUUGGAAUCUGAUCGGGGCCUGGGGAGGGAAGAGCCUGCAGGGGUCGAAUCAGGGCCUGAGGAGAAAAGAGGUGGCCUGGAUGCUACGGUGUGUCUGCUGCCUCAUGACAGAUGCACGGGAGGUUUCUGACACUCGUGGCCAGACUGGAAUUGCACUUAGGUGUUAAGCUACUAAUAUUUGAAAUAGACAUGCCAUUCCAUUUGUUAAUUAAAAACAAAAACAAAAAAAACCCUAAAGGGUAAAAAAACCACCAGACAUGGAUUUGCAUGCCACGCUGCAGUCUGUUACAGUGGUGUUGGUAUUCCAAAGGAAUUGCUGCUUUCUUUCUUUCUUUUUUCCUUUGUUUUUUUUACUUUUGUGAAUUUUCAAGUGCUGUUUUGUUGGAAGACAGUGCAACACAGUGAAACCAAUGGACAUGGUCUUCAGUCAUCAGCUUCUUCAGCAUUAGCUCUCCACAGUGAGGUGGCACCUGGGCUGCAGAGAGCUGCCAGGGCUUUGUCACCUCCAGUGUCCCUUAACCUUCUUUAAGUAGUUAGACGAGGUGUUGUGUUGUGCCG